AUCAUUUUCUACCUUUAUAACUUACUUUUUAAAGAUUGAUUAAUAUGUUUGAUUAUGUUUUUAUUUUUAAAGAUAUACCUACAAAAAGUUUACAUAAUUACAUUUAAUUUGUAAUUCUUAUUUGUAAAGAAUUGUAAUUUGUAUUAAAGAAAAAGUAAUUCUUUUAAAAUUUUACCAUUUGAAAACUGUGAAGCACUCUUUCAAUAAUAAUUGUAUAGAAAAAACCUCACAAUGACUAACUUUAUCUUAUUUGUCAGUAUUUUAAGUUUAUUAUGAAAAUCACGGACUAAGAUAUCUUAACACCUCCAGGAAAUACUAUCCUAAGAGAAAAUAGAAACAGAACUAGAAAAGGAUAUCUAGUAAAGCUCACAAAAGAAGCUAAUAUAUAUAAGGUAAAAUUGUAAUUAAAAAUAUAAUUAUACUCUGUCCAACUGAUUCUGUAGACACUGGUUCCAAUAUGACAGGAAUACAGGGUGUCGCAUGUGGAAGUGCAUAAGAAUCAAUUUUUGUUAGGCUGCUGGGUCUUGUCUCCCCGGACCCUGGACAGGAUAUAUAUGCCAAAAUGAUUUUGUUUAAGAAGGUAGAAGAGUUAAAUGAACUAUUUAUAAGAAACAAAGACAUGAGUAUGUUGUUGAAUGAAAAAGAUAGAAGAACUUUAGACUGUUUGAUCAAUGAAAUAUCUGAAGAAGAUAUUAAUUCAAAUUUACUUAAGACUAUUUUAGGGCUACAGGAGAAUAAAUAUUCUAUUGAAAUAAUUUGGCAACUACAUACAAAACAAAUAAUUGACUUUGCAGAAUUUAUCACUUGUUAUAAAUGGGAUCUUGAUCAUAUUGUUAAAACUCUGCUAUGUAUGUCUGAAUCUGAAGAAAAGCAAUGUCAAGAAAUGUUGACAGACUUAUUGGGAAGUCUAUUAAUUUUGUUGUCUGGAGAACCAAACCAUAUAUUUGAUCAACACAUACAAAUUAUUCAACAAUUUUUAACUCAAUCAAGCUUAACAAUCAUAAGAAACCAUAAUGGAUGGGUCUAUUUGAAAAAUCUUAAAUAUUCAUCUUUUUUAACAAAAUCAACAAUCCAAAAAAUAUUCAAAAUAAUGUUAAAAAACAUGCUUAUAGCUGAUGUUGAUUUUCAUUUGAAUAUUGCAUAUGAACAAUAUAGAUUGUAUAAAACUCCAGAUUCUGUAUACAAUAUGCUUAAAAUGUUUUUGGACGAAAUUGAUGAAGAUGUUAUAUAUGCAUUGAUUCAGAAUGUCCUAACGCAGCAUGCAGAAAAAGCCAAUUGGAAAUUGAUAUUGUCUUUAAUUUCUACUUUUGUAAAAACAAAAUCUCAUCUAUGUCAUAUGUUAAAAUUGAAAUUGGAAGAAUUUUUCAAUCUAACAUUGUCCAAAUCGACUACAGAAAAAAGUUUCUUAAUGCAAAAAGCUGCUUUAUUAAUUUUUCGUCAAUGUUGUUUGGAAAUCGGUCUUUGGUCGGAAUACAGCAGAUGGUACAGUUCUUAUAAACCAAAUGUAGAGAAUGCUAAAAUAUUCUACUCUUUGCUCACUGGACUAUUGCCCAUUGAUUUACCUGCUGCUUUAGCAGCCCAUAUUAACACUCAACCUAAACUAACAGAAUCUUGUGGAGAUAUACAGUCUGAUUAUGUUAAAAAAGCCCAGGCCCAACUAAUCAAAAUAAACCAUGGAGAAGAUUACAUGGGCUUGUUUAAAAAUUAUGAUGAUUGUGAGAACCGCCAUGAAGCAGACAUUGUCAAAGUGCUCGAAUCUUUCAAAUCAACUGGUCAAGUAAUGCGAGUUGUCUUAGAAGCAUGUGUUUUUAGAAACAAAUAUUUUAUUGGCACAUUCCUUAAAACUUUGAUGAAUACCCAAUUGGUAGAUGAUCAGUUACGAAACAGAUUUAUUGAAAAAUUAAAUAGUAUGAAUAAAAUUCCUAAAAUGGUGUACACCAAGUGGAAACAAGAACAACAAAGUAUCUAUUUUUCAUAAACCAAAUAUUACUUGUAUUUUCUCAAUAAAAAUAAUAUCAUUUUUUUAUAUUGUUUAAUAAUAUUAUUGCAUCUUAUUAGUUCUAACUUAAUUAUGAUUAUUACUAGGGGGCUUUGUCACCUGCUUGUUUUGCUCGCCAACUCCCUUCAAUCUUUAUUUUACUAUGUGUAGCCUUAACUUUCACUUGACCAACAAUUCUCAUUGAUGAAAUACCACCUGUCAAUGUUGUAACAUCAUUCUGAAUAUUAAAAGAAGCAAGUGCAAAUAAAUUAUUAUAAACUCUGAUGUAUUGUCUAAAAUGUUUAUUAAAUUUGCAAUAACUGUAUAAUAAAUCUUUUAAUUUUUCUGGAUA